CUGGAUAAACAUCAAAUAGUUCCCUGUUCUCUCUCCUCCGCCCUCGGUUCCACCUCUCCCACCCACCCCACUUUCUAAUUGGAUUUCAUUACCAUUUCCUUUCAGUUUUUCCCAGCCAGGCUCUCUGGUUGGGAGGAACAGCUUUCGCUGGAUUCUCUUCGACACUCACAAACAUCAGCAGCAGCAGCAGCUCUCAACGACUUUACUACGUCAUCUGCCGUGACACUGCGAUGACCUCACUCAGGCUGUUGCCCUUGCUGCACUCCCUCCUUCUCCUCCAAGUCCACCUCUCCAACCAGCUAGAAGACAACAAGAUCCCUCCCAGUCUGUGCACUGGUCACCCUGGUAUACCGGGCUCUCCUGGAGCUCACGGCGGUCCUGGUCAGCCGGGGAGAGACGGGAGGGACGGGAGAGAUGCUGCUCCGGGCGAGAAGGGAGAGAAGGGGGACAGGGGAGACCCAGGUGAGACAGGAGUGCGAGGCCUGACCGGGGACAGAGGUGACCCAGGAGAGAAAGGGGAGAGGGGGCAAGCAGGAGAGUGCGCAGUGGCCCCCAAAUCAGCCUUCAGUGCCAAACUAUCCGAGGGCCACGCUUUACCCCUCACUAUAGGCGAUGUAGUUCGCUUCGACAAGAUCGUGCUCAAUGAACAGGGCGACUACAACACGGAGACGGGACGCUUCACCUGCAAAGUCCCUGGAGUUUACUACUUUGCCGUCCACGCCACUGUCUACCGUGCCAGCCUCCAGUUUGACCUGAUGAAAAACGCACACACGGUGGCAUCUUACUUCCAGUUCUACGGCAACUGGCCCAAACCGGCGUCUCUGUCAGGCGGCUCCCUGCUCCACCUCGUCCCUGGUGACCAGGUGUGGGUCCAGAUGGCUCUGUCAGAGUACAACGGAUUAUACUCCAGCACCAAGACAGACAGCACCUUCACUGGCUUCCUGGUGUACUCAGACUGGAAAAACUCUGCUGUGUUUGCAUGACAUGUGCUUAUGAACAAAACAAAGUCACAUCCCACUUUGGGAAAUGAACCACAACCUGUUUUUUGUUGUUGUUGUUGUUGUUGUUGUUUUUGGCAAUUUCUGUUUUCUAAUUGAAAAGUUCUGGAUAAAGACAACUGAAUAAGAUGUGAUGUGGUACAUCUGUAUUUGUGUAAGAAGUUAAAAAAAACACACCAGACAAUGUUACUUGAAUGGCACAUACCAUACUGGUGAAGUGUGAGGUACACACACACAGUGAUGUUUAUUCAGUGUCUGUUCUUCUGUUGCAGCCUUUAAACUGCUGUGGCACUUAAUGCUUGUAACAGAUGUUGUGACAACGGCCUUCAGCCAACUCCAGGCCACAGAUUCAAACAGCUUUUAUGUUAUUAUUGCACUUUUAUUUCCCCGUCAGUUUCUGCACAGCGAACAUGAAAAAAUUAAUAAAUCAUUGUAGUUUUUAAAACA